GUCAAGCUCCCGCAGCCCUUCUGGAUGGUGGUCCGGGAGGCGAGCGCCGCACAGGCCGCCUUAAGCCUGGUGCUGCCCCAGCUGUGCUACCUGCACAUCUUCCUGGCGCAGGUUCGGGGGCGCUUUGAGGAGCGGAGCACCGGGGAGAUGGGCGCGGCCGUGCGGCUGGCCGAGGGCCUGGCCCUGCAGCUCUCCACAGACCACCAGCUCCCUGAGCUCUUCCACCGUGAGGAGUUCGUGCUGGCGACCCUGCUGGACCGCUUCAAGGGUAGGAUAGAGGCUGCCCUCCCCGAGGGGGCCGACAUCAACCAUUGGAAGCAAGUUCUCGUGUACGAGGUGAAGGAGCUCGUGGUGUCUGAGUACUCCUGCCGCCCUCCCCUUCCCUGCAGGGCCCCACUGCUGUGCGUGUGGACGCCCCUGAGCCGUGCAGGAGCCAGGAGCCCUGGGGCCGAAGGGAAGGGCCGGGAAGCGCCCGAGCAGAGAAGCGGGACCUCUGGGUCCUUGCUGCUGGGCCAGAGGGAGAGGAGCCUCCUGGAGCAGGUGGAGAGCAGGGGGCUGCUGGUCUCGGAGAGGAGCGGUGCUUCCCUCUCCACGGAGAGCCACCUGGUCAUCAUCAUCCGCAAGAAGUACCUGCGUGAGAAUGAGACAGUGGGUGCCCAGGAGGACCCCCUGCUUACUGGCAGAAGCAGCGGGACGUCCGGCCAGACCUGGCGAGACUGGCCACCAUCUAUCUAUCCUGCGCCCUGACGGGCGCCUUCUCUGCAAGUGUCUUUGCGUCCCUGGGCGGCCCCGCCAUCGUGGAGCAUGACUCCCCUCUCCCAGGGGAGAUGGCUGAGCGUCUUCUCUUCUUGAAGACCAACCUGGAGCAUCUCCCAAGCUACACCCACGCCCUUUAUCUUCCCCAGCAGGGACCUGGCCGAGGCGCGCAGGCCGGUGAGUCUGACCGCAGGGUCCGAUGCCCUGAGAAGCUGCCUGUGGGAAGUCUGCGUAGAUGACGGGAGGGAGCACAGUGUUGCGUCCUAGGACAUUAGACGGGGACAGCCAGGCUCCAAAACUUGUUUGAAAGGAAUGAGGACAGUUUCUCAGUUCUUGACAGAUCGUCAUGUUCGUUUUCGCGGAGAUGUCAUCUUCCAUCUGCCCACUGCUGGAGUCACUGCCGGCAGUACGUGGGUGGGAGGGCGGGCUCUGGUCAUCGGUGACUCUGAGUUGUACCGCGCAGCGUAUGGACCGCGGUGCUCCUUGAAAGUGUCGCUGGGUGAGGGGCCCUACACGCGGCUUGUCCGUGUGUGUCGGGGCGGCAGGCCCUCAAGGUCUGUGUUCUCAGCGGCCAGGCGCUGUGCGGGAUAUCCUCAGCCACCUAGGGCCUGGGGAAGCCGUGGACACUCUUCCUGGAAAGGAAAGAAACCCUAACAUGAUGGAGGGCGGUGCCCACACGCACACCGGUCUUCUUAGGGUCUGUACUUGCCCGUGGAUCCCGGGGUUCCCAAGAGCCCUGGUGGAGGGCACCGCCCAGCUCCCGCGGGCGUGUGAUCGAGGAGAGCUGGGACGCCCAGUCAUCACGUGGCCGUUGUCGCCUGUAGUUUGUUUCCAGACUACUGGAGGCCUUGGGGUUUCUUCUUUCUACAGUGAAAGCAGUCUGAGGAAGCAAGAAAGGGCAAGUAUCCCAGUGACUGAGCGGCCUGAGUUCCUUUAGGGUCGAGUGCAGGACCUGAGGGCAUGGGGCCCAGGCUCUGGUGGGAUCAAUGGGAAAAGAAGGAAGGGUGAGGCCAGAGCGUUUGGGGCGGGGCUCGUCACACCCAGAAGACACAAGUCCAGCUCCGCUGAGGUGCUAGGCCACUGGGAGAGGGACUUUGAGAGGGAAGGGGGGGUGUAGAGGCACUUUGGCCCUGGCUGUGCGGUUGAGCCCGGGAGCCUGUCCCUUCGCUUCCCCUGUGUCACUGUGACUAAUUCACUGUAGGACGUUCGGAAGUUACUGAGAAUGUAAGGAAGCAGGAAAAAUUCACCGUAAUCCUUUCACUCAGCCUCUAUGAAAACUUUGACGUAUUUCCUUUUUUCCUUGAGGUCAUAUCCUCUGUGCUAGUUAGUAUGCUGUAUUUUCAGUUUAACACUGUAACGUGGCAUUUUCUUGAAUAAGGCUUUAUACAGAUCGUGUUUAGUGGUCGGAGCACCACGAUAGGAAGUGAAGUCUCACCUCCACGCUGCUCAGGUCGUGUCUUCUUCCCCAGCUGCUGCAGGGCAUGUCUGCACAGGCUCCCUGUGAGGAGAGGCCGGCGCGCCUGGGGGAGAGGCUGGGACUAGGGCUGCGCUCCCUUAACGUCUGGACUCUGCAUCCAGUGCAUUGGGGUGGUGAGAUCAGGGCCUGGCCCUGGACCUCUCCCUGUGUCCCUGCCUCCCUUCCUUAAAUUGCACGUGGGUCUCAGACUUCAACGAGAAUCACCUGAGAGCAUCUUAAAACUGAGGCGUCCUGUCCAUCCCUCGCAGGUUCGGGUGUAGUAGGUCAGGUGGGGGCAGGGAUGUCAUGUGCCCUAACUAAAGCAGUCCAGGGGGCCGUGUAUUGGUCAGUGCUGCCACCCCUCGAGCUCCUCCUGGGAGAGGCACUGUCCCCUUGCUGUGUGGCCUCCCCUCAGCGGCUCUCCUUGUUCUCGGGGAGGGGAGGCCUGGACCAGCGAGGCACCAGGGUGGGGGGGUGUGAGGAAGACGAGGGCAGUGAAAGGGAGGCGGUGAGAAGCUUGACGGUCCUGAGCUUGGGGGCUUGGGCUCUGGAGAGGUGGCUCUCAACCGGGGGCAGUUUUGUCCCCCAGGGGCCAUUGGGCAACGCCUAGAGAUGUUUUGGUUGUCACAGCUUGUGGGGGGAUUGCCACUGUCCUCCCGCGGGUGGAAGACAGGGACGCACAGAGGAGCCUCCGCAGCAGAGACUUAGCCCGGCCCCAGGUGGCAGCAGGGCCGGGUCCGAGGACCCUGCGCCCGGUUGUGGUCGGGAGGGAAUGGGGCGGAGGAAGGGGCCCCAGUUCACCGAAGCGGCCCGGUGACUGUCCACCUGAGGCUGCUCCGAGCUGAACCAUUUCUUCCCUAGACUUGGCUCUGCCCUGCCCUGGCGACUCACGGCAUCCUCUUCUGGCCCAUUCCCUACAUAGGUAAACUGAGACUCAGAACUGCUGGCUCUGAACAAGGGAAGAUGGGCCUCCCCCCGGAGAUCCGGAGUUACCUGUUUCAGUCAUAGCCUUGUCUUUGUGACCGAGUCCUUUUCACAGACACACGUUGAGCCAGUGCCUCUGUUCGCUCAUUUCCAUAAGAGGACCAGGGUGAUUCUGGUUUUUUAGAGGAACGUUGACGCCGUUGCAUGUGGACGAGCCGUUCUCGCAUUGCGCGGAGCCUGCUGGCCGCUGCUGGCCGCUGCGUUGGCUGGGUUUGCACAGGCGUGUGGGCCCCGGCCUGGUUGAAGUGUGCAGAUUUGAGGUAAAGUGGGGCACAGGAGCGGAGCAGAGGUCAUGGACACGCUGGAGAAUCAGGGUUUGACUGCGGUGCUGUUCAUCUAACUGCAGACAAGGGCGUGGGACCCAGGGCCGAGGGCACAGAGCCAAGUGCUGGCGGGGCACGUGUCUCCUGCCAGAUGGGACCUUGGGGGCACAGGAGGCCUGAUGUCCAGUCCCAGUGCCAUCUUCCCGCACCCCUGUCCUCUUCCGCAGAACGUGGGCACGCGCACACCGUUCUCUGCCCGCCCCCUUGUUCUUUCUCCCCUUUGCGCACCACCUCCAUCCCCAUCGCUGGCGGGGUUCCUCAGGGUACCGCUUCCCCCACAGCCCGUCGCCCGGCGGCGGCGGGGCAUUUGGACACGGGGCUGGUGGCUCUUCCUGGAGGCCUGGCGUGUUGUCCUCCCCACCCCGGCUGCUCAGCGGUCCCCUCCGUUCAGCCUCGAGCAUGUGGGUGUUGGCCCGACUUCAGCCCCUGGCUGUACCCCAGGGCUCCCUGACCGCUUUCACCCCCAGCGUAGUGGCUGGGAGGAUGUGCGCGCCCCUGGAGAGAGGCCCGCAGAUACUUGGAGAGGUGGUGUCCCCCGAGGCUGGCCCGUUGCGCCUCGCUCUCACAGACGGUGCCUGGACCCCGUCAUCCUGGACUCGCCGCUGCCUCCUGAGGCCGAUGCCACAGGACACCCCAAGUGCAAGACGGGAGCCCGGCCUCCAGUCACAUGGCCAGGUUCCGGGCACACGUUCUCCUCCCUCCUCGCCCUCAGGCGGGGUCCUCGUCUCUGGCUAUCUGGCUAGUGCUUUUAUGGCCCAUCUCUGGUGCCCGGUGCCCUGUGGGCCAGAGCAGGUUUAAC